CCCUGCGUUACAUGAUCAUAGCACGGCCAGUGAAUGGUGCAGCUGGCUCCCGCUAUGUGUGAGCGGAGACUCCGCCCUGCUGUAAGUAGGUUGGCUCGCUUCCAACUCACUAGAAUCUUGCACAAAGGGGAAUCUACUGCCAUCUCGCCCUGUCCGCAGUUUCGCCUCGGCGUGUGAGUGUCUCUCCCCUUGUCUGUCUCCUUCCUCCCCCUUGUUUAUCUCCCCCCACCUCACACACCCCUUCUCGCCAUCCUGAAAGAUGUCGGCAUGUUUUGUGAAUGAAUACUGGACUUGCUGCCACUGCCUUUAAGUCACCGCAGGAAGAUCGAAGGAACCGGGGCAAGGAGAGCGAGAGAAGAAUGCGAAGGAGCCCCAGCCGGUGACCACCUGCCUGCAUCCAACCUGAGGAUCUGCCUGCAGUUCUGGCAAACAGUCUCCGACCUGAAAUGUCAACUCAGUCUCUUUUUCCACAAAUGCAGCCUGGCCUGAUUCUACAACCUACCUACACACUAGGGACCAUUUACGGUGGCCAUUAACCUACCAUCCUUUGGGAGGAAACCCAGGUGGUCACAGCGAGGACAUGCUAACUCCACAGAGACAGCACCCAAGGAUUCUGAAGCUGAUGACGUUUGAGAGGAGACGUGUUUAAACCAGUCAACAUCCAAAGGCGUUCACUGUCGACGAUUCCACUGUGCAGCUGGAUUCCUGGGAUACGCUCAACUUGGAACAUCUGCAAGAUGGCAUGGCGGCCCCCCUAUUACUGCUCCAAGUUCCGCCACGUGUAUGGGAAGCCUGCCAAUAAGGAGAAUUGCUACGAUGGGAUUCCCAUCACCAAGAGUGUCCAAGACAACUACUUCUGUACUGUAAACCCAAAGUUCAUUGCUGUUGUGACUGAGUGUGCAGGAGGUGGAGCUUUCUAUGUCAUACCCAUCAGUCAGACAGGAAAGAUUGAUCCACAUCAGCCAAGGGUCUGUGGUCACAAAGGAAAUGUAUUGGACAUCAAAUGGAAUCCAUUUGAUGACUACAGCAUUGCUUCCAGUUCGGAAGAUAGCACGAUUAAGAUCUGGGAAAUUCCUAAACACGGCAUCACCAAGAACAUAACUACUUCAAGGCAAGACCUCCAGUCGCAUUCGCGAAGAGUAGGCAUCAUAGAAUGGCACCCGACAGCCAAAGAUAUCUUGUUCAGUGCUGGAUACGAUUACCGGAUUAUGGUCUGGAACCUGAAUUCAGGAGAGUCACUGAUCAGGAAGCCAGUGAAAAUCCUGGAUUGCCACAAGGAUGCAAUUCUCUCCAUGUCCUUCAACACCAACGGCAGUCACUUAGUGACUUCUUGCAGGGAUAGAAAGAUACGAGUGAUUGACAGUCGCACAGGAAAGGUUUUACAGGAAUCCGGCCUCGUGUCCCACAGGGCUAUCAAGGUUUUGUACCUGGGCAACUUGAAAAUGAUACUGUCAGCAGGCUAUUCCAAGUGGAACAAUCGGCAAAUCGUUCUCUGGGAUCAGGAUGAUCUAUCUGUGCCUUUAAGGGAGGAGGAUGUGGAUGGGUCUUUGGGAGUGCUUUUUCCGUUCUACGACCCAGACACCCACAUGCUUUAUGUGGCAGGAAAGGGUGAAGGUAAUAUCCGAUACUAUGAACUAAGCUCUGAGAAACCUUAUCUUCACUUCUUGAUGGAUUUUCGCUCUUCAUUACCUCAGAAAGGAAUGGGUAUAAUGCCAAAGAGAGGCCUGGACAUCACUGCCUGCGAAGUCUUCAGGUUCUACAAGUUAGUGACAAUCAAGGGCCUUAUUGAGCCUGUCUCCAUGAUUGUCCCUCGGCGGUCAGAUUCGUACCAGGAUGAUAUCUACCCAUUGACAGCAGGGACACAGCCAGCAAUGACUGCGCAGGAGUGGCUUAACGGAUUCAAUAAAGAUCCAAUACUCAUAUCGUUAAAGCCUGGUUCUAACAACCAGCAGUACAUACCCAAGAAUAAAAGUAAUGAGCUGUGCAACCUGCCUGAUUUCAUGAGAAGACAACAUCCGACAGUGAAUGCAACCGAGCAAAAUCAGGAACAAAGGAAUACAGAGAAAGUGCAAGAGCAGAAGAAGAAUUUCAUAUCAAAUGGGUAUGAUCUGUCAGAUUGUCCACCCCCAAAAACAGAGAAUGAGCUUCUGCAGAUGUAUUACCGGCAGCAGGAGGAGGUUCGGAGACUACGGGAGCAGCUGGCGCAAAAAGAAGUCCGGAUAAAACAGCUGGAACUGGAGAUAAAAAAUGUUCGAUACAGUUCCAUUGGUUACUGAAGAAGCAACAAAGUAGGGGCGGGGUGAGGGGGGAAGAAACUAUGGCAACACAAUUCGCCCUUAAAGUGGGCUCUCCGAGGGGCUGCAGUCUACUUGAAUAUAAUUAUAUUUUUUAUUGAGGGAAAAAGAUGUUUAAUUUGUAAAACUUUACUUACUGUACAGGGUGUACACUUUUUAUUUCUUAUUUAUCUCUUUUAUAUGAUAGUGUAAAUUGAUUUUUUUUAACCCUGCUACUGGCUUUAAAAUGAUCUACAGUUCAGAGCUUUACAAUCACAUUGCACCUCAUUUACUCUGGUGGUUACUGUAGCUUUUAUGGUGUGGAAAUAUAAAUACCGUUUUUAAGGCUUAACAUCCAUGGCUGAUUCACACACAUCUACCAGAGCUCCGUAACAGUGAUAAGGAAUGAGAAAAAUACCAACUAUUUUACCCAAAAGUUUGAAUUAGGUGAAGCAAGUUAUCUGCAAGGAUAUUGUUUGGCCUUUUCUAUAUAUUACUUGUUUUGCUAUAUUGUUCCUUUUUUUAAAUCAAGAGCUAUGUUGACCUGGAAGAUUAAUUCAUCAGCUUUUAGCCUGAAAUAUUGUGCAUCUCUGAUUAUCAUCAGGUGAUGAUUUUCUUUAAUAAUUUUAGCAAAUUCUGUUCUCCUCCACCUGCUUGUAUCACUAAGGUUCUGCAGCAUCAGUUUUCAGGACCUGCCCUCUUGCACGAUGAGUAGGCUGCACCUGGUUAUCAUGGACAUGUGCCCAUUUGAAAGGGGCAAUCUUCAGUUCAAGAAAACGCUUUGGAACAAUGAACUUUGUGUGAAUGUUACCUCAGCCUUCCUUUUGUAUUCAAGGCUACUUUUGUCUUAAUGAAAGAAAAUUUCAGUCGAACCAACCCUUUUUUAAACAAAAGGGAAAAAAGGUUUAAAACUCCAAUUACAAUCCUUUUUAAAAAGCUUUUGGGGGAAAAACUACAAAGCAUUCCUUUGAUUAGUCAAAUGUUAAUGGUCUUACACUGAGUGAUGGUGGAAAGAGAUACCAAACUGGCUCUUGCUAUAUAAAAUAGCUGACAUCCGCACCUAAUUUUAUUCAAUCCAAAAAAUGUUCAAUGUGACUUGUCAUACAAGCAUACAUGCACAAUGGGUUUUCCCUUUGUCCUAUCGCAUUGCAAGAUAAUGCACCUCAGUUUAAGCAACAUACUGCCAAUGUGAAUUGGGGAUAACACCUGACAAUGGACUGGUGUCCUGUUGCAGUUCCAACUUUACAGCCAUACAGUUGUUUUCAAUGAAAGCAAACUUCUGAUGCUUGAGGUAAAGGCUGAAACUGACAGAAAUACUUAGAGGGCUUUGGAGAGAGAAACCAAGUUAGACAUUUUAGGUUGGUUACUGAGCAAAUGACAUUGACCUGAAAUGUCAAUGUUAGCAGUUUCUCUCUCUAUAGAACUACCUACCUGCCAGUCAUUUCUUUUGUCAAUUCUUUUUUUGUUCUUUUAAAAAAUGCCUGGAUGCAUUGGUCCUGUUCUCCUUUGAAUUUUAUAAUCCUGUUUUUCACAUUAAUAUAUUUUGAUUGAGGUAUUCUUUUACUGCAAACUUCUUUUCAUAACAACUGAUAUGAAUUCUGCACUGGAUGUGAUUGAUCUUGUUGACUCUCUGGGAGAAAUUGUUUAUGUUGUCUCUUACUUUCCCAUUGAUUUUGUCUUGCAGUAAGUUUCUGAGAUUUUUCAGGUUUUGAUAAAUGUGCAAAAGGAAAAGAAAUUAAUAUAAGCCAAGUUUGCCUAUUUUGGUUUAGCAAGUAGUUUUUGAGAUUCAUGGAUAUGAAUGGAACUGGCAGAGUUUCUUUCCCCACAGCACAUUUUAAUGACUCAUGGAUGAAAGAGCUUGCUGAUUUGUUCAUACCUUGAUGUAAAUAGAUUAAGCAGCACAUUACUGUCAUCUCAUUUGAUACUUUUGAUGGUGGUCAAUUUAGGAUUUGCAUUACUGUAACGCCUUUUAUGACCUCAGAACAUCCCAAAGUGCUUUAUAGACAAUGAAAUACUUUUUUGAUGUGUAGCCACUUCCAAUGUCAGAAAUAUAAUAGCCAAUUUACCCUCAGUGAGCUCCCGCAAACAGCCAUAAAAGCAAGUGGCAAAUGUUCCUGCAUAAAAUCUGUUGAUUCAAAACUACUACAUGUUUAACUGCCUUACUAUUAUCCAUUGCCAGAAAAGUGGCCCCUGAUUGCUACAACUUAUGUAGAAAAGCAUUUUUCUUGCAAUAUUUUGUGUUCAAAAUCAAAUCAGAAAGAAUAGUGCAGGACUUUAAACUGCUAACAAUGUCUGUCUACUGGUUCAAUCCUGGGGAUUAAUUAUUUCAAAGUAGUUUUAAAUGGACACCAACUCCAUGAUAAAGAGCAGGCCAGUAUUUUUUGUUUUAACCUCUAAGACUGGAAUAUGUGACUAUAUGGUGGAAAUCACUUGCCUUUCUGGGCCAUGCCCUGUGCCUACGCUGUUUAAAUGACAGGCUGCCACAGAAGAAACAAGUCAGGAUUUUUCAUAGGAAGUGCAGCACAAGAAGUCCAUCUGGCCGGAUUAGUCUCUGCAGGUGUUUUUGCUCCACUCGGGCCUUCUAUUUCUUUCCCCUUCCUGUGUUUAUUGAUCCCUUAAUGAAAUCAUGUGCUAUAUGCCUCAACCAUUCCAUUUUACAAAGCUUUAAUGAGGUUGGCCGUGCCUCUUUAAAUGCAGCAAACUGGUUGCCUGCCAUUGAUUUGUAAAAAGCUGUUACCCUCAUGGUUGUUGGACAUGAACAUUGGCUUACUGCUCCCUGCAAUGGCAAAAUUUUCUGUAUACACAACGUGCUGUUAUCGUCAUUAAUGAAUUUGUAUUUUCCUGCCCUUCUAACCAAAAUCCCACCAGCUCUGGUCAUGGCGAUCAACUGGAAGCAAUGUAGCCAAUGGAUAUCUCUCCAGCAAAGGGCAAAGACACAGAAACCUUUCAGCGCUCACCCCGCAGAUGUUUCCUCGUUAUUGAAAAGUACUUGAUUUAAAAGGAGGCUUUGUAUGUAACAUUUGGAACUGACACAUUCUGUACUGAAUUGUAAUCUAUUUAGGAUUUAAUAAAACAACAAGU